UUCAAAGCAUCAUACAAGUGUCAUCUGCCAAACGGAACCAAUCCACCUGUCGGAUUCCCAUUUUAGUAAUCGCCACAUUGGGUUGUUUCCAUUUAUAGAAACAUCAAGCCUUACAAAUUGGCGGGCUUCGAUCAACGUGAUAAAGCUGAGAAAGAUAUGAAGACUUUUUCAUGCAAACGAAAUCAGCUUGUGAAAGAAACAAAUGUUGCAGCUGAGGAUCGUUGGUUCUUUUUACGGUUUCGUACUCAUGAAACAAGGUUUAGCAAUCUUGAUUUCGAAAUUCAGACAAUGCUACGCAAUGUAAAGGCUUUAAUAGAGCCGCACACAUGGAACCAAACUUGGCCAGAGAUGAAACGUAUUGUAACCUUAAAAGAGGAAUGGAACAUAACAGAUUUAAAGCUCAUUCACUUGGUUCCAGGAAUUCGUAGAAAAUCAAAUGGUUUGAUAGAAUUUUUCAACAACGCUCCAUUUCGGAAAGCAAGAGAAUUUGCAAGAAGAUUCCUCAGCUGCCAUGAUGCCUUUUGCAACGCCAUCGACAGGAACCUAAGUUUGGUAGACGAACUUCUUCCCAGCAUACUGCCUCUUCAACUACCGCAGAUAACAACUUUCUCGGAAAAGCUGAUAUAUAAUCUACAUCAAUUGCAAUCUUUUUCCUUUUCAGUCUACUUUUUUCGUUUCACUACACAGUUUCAGGUUAGCCUAUUUGCAGUUCGUCCUUCAAUUGAAGAAUCUACUUGCGGAAUUUGCGUUGACGAAAUAGCAGCUCAUCAACUUCCUUGUCACCACAAUUUAUGUGAACAAUGCCUACUUGUUAUUCAACGAGGUGAUCAUCUUUGUCCUUUUUGCAGACAAGAUAUAUGGACGCCUUGCGGCAAGUUUGUUCCUUGUACAGAAUUUGAAACAGGAAGUGCUGUCAAUGUGAGGACGGGCGAUUUAUAUAGACCGGACGAAGAGAACGGAACUCGCUUCCCUGACUUGUCCGAUUACGUUUUGUUGUCUCGUCCACUAUACAACUAUUUUACUAGUAAUAAUAGUUUGCCUUCGGAUUAUUAUUAUUACAGUAUCCUACAACGAGGAAUUGUCUCAAUCUCACCCAGAAGAUAUGUCUAUUUUCUUCCUUGAAAUAUUGGGAAAUGGGUUAUGUGGUUCAAGUCUGUUUUUCUAAUAAAGUCGUGUUUCUUAUAUAAAAUGUGUUGUCAAUUG